GGGUUUUUGGACCGCUCAAGGUUGGGAACUGCGUUACGUGUAGCUAGUUUUCUGUUUCCAAUUGAGGAUCGGAUGCUUCAUUUAUUGAUUGAAUGCUAAGCAGUUAACUGGUGAAUAUCCUAAAUUUGGUCAUGUACAUCUUGGUUGUGAAGGUAACCAACAAACCAGAAUAAUCUGGAAAACUUUCUAAAUGUCCUGUUCUGAAGUUACAACUGCCAGUUUAAGUGUGAAAAGAUGUUGUGAACCGGUUUAUUCAGAGAAGUCAGAAAAAAAUACUAAAUAUCCUCGUCUGUCAGAUAAUUUGAGAAGUAAUAUCAUAGAUUGUUCGUCAACUUCUAAUCCAAUCGAAUUGACACCAACCAACAUUUUAAAUGAUUUUGAUAAUCUGGAUAGUCCUGUGUGUGGUAGUGAUCGACUCGCUCAGUUAUCUGCAUUAAUCGACCAAUGUUCACAUGGAGAAUUGCUACACAUUAAAAGAACAAUUAAACCGCUGUUGAAACGAGAUUUUAUAGCGCAUCUACCUGCUGAAAUUUCUUUGCGUAUUCUAAAGUAUUUAUCACCUCGAGAUAUAUUUCAUUGCACUCAGGUCUCUCGAAAUUGGCUACAUAUUUGUAAUGAUAACUUACUGUGGUAUUAUGUGUGUACAUUUACUGGAUUAUCUAACCUACUAUAUAACGGAUCUUUGGUUAAGUAUUAUUCAGAUAGUCAACAUGAUUGUCCGUUAUGCAUCCAUAUAUCUACCAGCGCUGUAUGCAAUGAAACAAAUUCUUGUAUUGAACAAAAUAUGAAAAAUGAUCAUUUUGUUACCGUUACGGAAGACAAAUAUAUUGGUGAUAUGGAGAGUGAUCCUGUUCAAGUGCAUAAUGCAGACGAAGAGUUAACAUCUUUACCGUGUUCCACUGUCAGUUCUAUGCAAUAUUCUCAUGUAAACAAGGUCGAUUGGAAGUCGUUAUAUCGUCAGUAUCUGCAUACUCAGUGUAAUUGGAGAAACGGUGGACCUUGGCAUCCAAUUAUUGUACCAGCACACCAUAAUCAUGUAAUCACCUGCUUAGAGGUCUAUGAAGAUUGGGCAAUCACUGGGUCAGAUGAUUCUAGUAUCUGCAUAUGGAAUAUAAGUACUGGUCAAUGCCUAAUUAACUUAUUCGGUCAUCUUGGCGGUGUAUGGUCACUGACAGUUAUCUCACGUCAGUUCUGUACAAACAAGAAAGAUUUUCAUCAGUCUGAUCAAUAUCCUUUGCUUAUAUCUGGAAGUUGUGAUCGAACAGCUCGUGUAUGGCAGUUAGACGGUCAACGUUGGCCUUGUAUAGCUACACUGUUUGGACACCAGUCAACUGUUCGGUGUCUAGCUAGUCAAAAGCCGCGAUGUAGUCCAAAAUUUGUCCUUGACAAUACUGAUUGUGAUGAUAGUUUCAGUGUUGUAGGCCAAGGUGGUCUAAAUUUGUGUACAAAUGACAAUAGUGAUGCUACUGACAAUGAUGGUGAUAUCACUGCUGGAGAUGAUGAUUCAGAGAAGGAAUUUACUAUACAGAACAUUUUUAAGAGCAGUCGAAAUAACCAUAAUAACAAUCAUCACUGUGAUGACGUUUCUAAGAAUUUAAGUGUUAAUCUAACGAGCAAUCAAUCUUGUGAUACAUUAAUCGUAUCAAGUGAAUUCAUCAAUCCAAAUGUAAAGGUAUUUCACCAACAAACAUUGGAAAAUAGUCACUUGGUUGUUACAGGUAGCCGUGAUACUACUCUACGUUUGUGGAAUGCCUUAACUGGCGAAUGUAUGCAAGAAUUUCGAGGUCAUCGUGGAGCUAUACGUUGUGUUCAGUUUACUGGUGAUCAAAUUGUUUCGGGUAGUUAUGAUUGUACAAUUCGUCUAUGGUGUGCAUUACAAGGUCAUUGUUUGCGUGUUUUCAGUGCUCAUACCAAUCGUGUUUAUACGUUAUUAUUCGAUGGCUAUCAUAUUAUCAGUGGUUCACUGGACACAACUAUACGUAUAUGGAAUGCACACACCGGUGUUCUAAAACAAACAUUUUAUGGUCAUCGUUCAUUAACCAGUGAAUUAGCAUUUGGUUCCGAACAGAAUAUUCUAGUAUCAAGUAAUGCAGAUGAAACAAUUCGAGUUUGGCACAUACAUAGUGGAAAGUGUGUACAUGUUCUUGCUGGUCCUCACAAACAUCAAUCAGCUGUUACAUGUGUUCAACUGACUCGUAACUUUAUCAUAUCGUCAGGAGAUGAUGGUACCGUUAAACUUUGGGAUAAACAAUCAGGUGCAUAUAUUCGAGAUCUGCUACGACUUGAUGGAGCUGGACGAGGUGGUGUCAUCUGGCGAAUAGUUGCAUCUGAAAAUCGGUUGAUAUGUGCUGCUGGUAGUCGAAUUGGUAUGGAACCGACAAAAUUAGUGAUAUUACGAUUUCAAGAACCUCAACUAUGUUCACAACAUUCAAAUCAUCAUCACAGUAAUACUAAUACUAAUAAUAAUAAGUCGAUGACCUUCAAUCAUGUUUGCCGUCCUAGACAUAAAUAUGCACCAGAACCAAGACUUAGUCAACUUAUGUGUACAAGUUUAGGCACAUGUUGAUUACAAUCGUUAGUUAUCUUUACUUUCAAGAUGACCAGGAGCAAUUCAUCAUUAUCUUAUCCUGUAUAUAAGGAUGUAUGUUCCAUUUCUCUUCUUCCUCUUUUUCAUAUAUUAUUCCUUCUAUUUUUUCUAAACAUUUUAUUGAAAAUAACAUUCUAACUAUGCAUCAUUCUAGGUAAAUCAUCAACCACUACUGCAAAAUAAUAAAUACCUAGUUGUGAAAGAUGUUCAAUUGUUUUCAUCGAAAAAGAAUAAUUGGAUU